AUGGCUUCAACCUCCAAUGAUACCUAUGUUACCACUACAUGUAUUACUAGCUCGAAAUUCCUGGAGGGCUUCUGCUCGACAGAGGACAUUUUUCAUCAUUUUGUGCCCUACUUGACAUACCAAGAUGCAGGUCGAUUGGAAUCUGUGUCAAAACGACUCCAGACUCUGGCUCAAGAGUCCAUUUGGAAGAUCGUGUGUCGGCGCGACUUUAGCUUCCAGGAGGAUGAUCAUGACAUGAUAGGACCGACCUACCAUCAAGAACGUCGGACCAAACCUCAUCACCUUCGCGAGGCCAUUGCGUUGUGGGCACGAUGCAGGGCGGUGCUGACAGAACUUGGAUUGCAAAAUGUGGUUGAUUCCUUGUGCCCUGGUUUGGAUCGUCGAGAAUUUAGUAGAAUGUUCAGGGCUCGAAACUAUCACAAGUGUCCAUUGCCAUCGUCAUUGAUUGCCUCCUAUUCUGUUUGUGCUGGACAGCAGGAACUAUCGCCACUGGGACCCCAAGUUCAAGAUAUCUUUUCCAGUCUCUUUGGCAGCUUUUCUUGCUAUGAUGUCCAAUAUUCCAUGAGACUUGUGGAAGUGAGAAUUUUUGGAAAUCCUGCUUCCCGCAUCCGCAACUUUGUACCGGUAACGAUUGUUCUUGCCAUUUCUUCGCUGGGCUACGAAGCAACGCGCGCAUUCCUCUAUCUGCAAACCACUCCAGAGGAUCCAGAAGGUCGAUUGGCUUUUGCACACAAUAAUAUCAGAUCGGCACAUCAUACUGUAGUAGGACAGGGAGGCUUUUUGACCUAUCUACGCCAAUAUGUGGAACACCUGGAAGCCGGCGUUUACAAACGAGUACAGUUUAUUGACGUGGAUCCAUCCUCUUCUGGGAUUGGUCUUCUUCCCGAUGGAGGUCCCACCAUGAGCCGUGCCAUCACUAGAGGAAUUGAAGUCAGGGCCAGUGCCCGCUGGUUCCCUGCUGGACUAAAAGAUCAGCAACGACAGGGGAUCAAUUUUGGGUACACUAUUCGAAUUCGAAUGAUAGAUGCCGACCCAGAGUUUGACACGUGCCAACUAGUGAGUCGACACUGGAAGUUUAUGGAUGGAAAUGGCAAAGUGCGGGGAGUUGAUGGGGAAGCCCUGGUUGGAAGGCAACCAGUUUUCUUCCGGGAUUCCGAAACUGGUUUGCCUGGAUACAUCGACAUGGGACCGCAUGGUGAUGGCGAUCGGUUAGAGGACAAGGCAUUUGUCUAUCAAAGCCAAACUGGACCUGUUGCCGGAACGACACAUCGGGAUACAAAACUGGCCAGUAUCAAGGGCACUUUUAGAUUUGUGCCAGGAACCAUUGCCAACCCAAAGGGGCCCGAGUUUCAUGUAUUUGUAGCAUCUUUCCCAUUGACGGUGCCGAUGCCAUUUUUUUGA